AUGAAUGAAACCUUUUCUGUGGAACAAGAUGAGGUGAGAUCUACUUCUAUUUCUAGCACUAUAUUGCAAGGAUCUGCCACUAUGACUGUCGAUGUAAUUUUCUCGCUGCUGAUAUCGAAGGGAUAAAGCUGGAUAUGGUAAUCAUGCAAAUGCAGAUCGAGUCAAACAAUGAGUCUCAAAAUUGUGAACUAACUAAGUUAAGCGAAAGAGACGAAAUAACAUGUUUAAAGCAAGAUCUUUUAAAAGAAAGGGAACGACGUAAAGAACUCGACUAUUUUAGUUGAGGGAAGAAACAGAGAAGUAGAAGAACAAAAUAAUACAAUUACCGCACUGCAAAAUACAUUAGAGUCAAUUGAAAUGUCAAACAAAUGUUUAAGUGAAGAAAUUACUCAAAUUAAUUCAAAUAACUUAUUAAAAGCUAGUUGUAAUAUAAGUACACAAUGCCGGUUCGACAGACCGGAACUAAUUAAUCACAUAUUCAAUCGCGGUAGCUACUCUGUACAACAAUACAGUAGCUAUACCGAUCACAAAGCUAUUAGAAAUAAUCGGAAAAACCAAGGUAAAUCAAAUUAAACAAUGGUAUUAAGCCGUCGCCACGCGAUGUAAAUGCAAAAGAAAUAACAAAUCCCCAAAUAACAAAUCUAAGGAGGAAGCCACAAACACAGCAAUUAAGUCUAAAUUUCGUGCACAUGAGCAACUUGACCAGAUUGGGUUCAUAAACUUCUUUGGUCCAGAACAGUUCGAUAGUAGUCCUAGGUGUAACACCUGUUGGAAUAGCUAAGGAACACGUAUCUGAAGCAAAUCAACUAACAUUUACAAGUAAUCCACCAGCUACCAUUGUCAGUAACAAUAUUGAAUUAGCCGCUGUACGAUGCGGUUCAAUCAUUGAAAUAACUGAAAGUAUCUGUGAUCAAGAUCCUAUUCUGAAAAACCCAUUUUCGAAAAAUCAAUUCCGAAACAGACCUCCGUCAUAUCUCAAACGACCGACACAGGAUUGGUUGCACCACUCGGAGCUGGUCCACCAAGUAAUGAAACCAAUGAAACAUUCUCGAGACGCGUACGGCCAAUUCCUGUUCGAUUUACAACCUGACCUAUCAAAGAAUAUCGCUUUCCUUCUUCUCAUCGUCCAGAGGUGGUUUUAA